ACUGGCAACACUUUCACGUGAUAUGUAUUCAUUUGAUCACUGAUAUUUGUGUUUAAAUUUCAAAAAAAUGCCUAAAUUCAAUAAAAAUCAGAAAUGUACGGUAAAAACUGAUCAAAAGCCAAGAAAUAAUAGUAAAAACAAAAGGAUGAAGAAAUCAGCAAUUAAACGAGCAAUGGAAGAUUACCAGACAAAAAAGGAACAAAAAGAACAAGAGAAAAAGAAAAUACAAGAAAGAAGACAGGAAAGUGCUAAUGCAAUUUUACAAUAUAAAAAAAAGAAAAUUGAAAGAUAUAAAAAUUUAUGUAAAAAAACAAAAAAAGGCCAGCCAAUUAUGAGGUAUCAAAUUGAGCAUUUAUUAGAUAAAAUUGAAAAACAAAUGGAAACUGAAUAAUGUAAAUUUUACAAAAAUGUCUCAAAGUGUUUUUAAUCUAUGAGAAAACUGUAAAAAUUUAAUAUAUAAGAUAAAUUGAAUCAUUUGAUAUAUUAUUUUUAAAAUAAAGAACUAAUAGUUAAAUUGAAGAA